AUGUCAUUAGUCAAGAGAGUCCUGCCAGUGCAUGGUUCAGUAACACAGGAAGCACAGCAGUGUGGCACAGUUCUGCAUCAAGGUUCUACACACGCACAUCUGAAUGACAGGAGUUUACGUACGCAUCCAGGAAGAUGGUCAUCUGCUUUUGUAGACAUCAGUGGAAGACGGAAACGAUCAGUUUUGCUGAAAGAUCUGAGCUUUGAAGCAGCAGAACUUCUUCACCAAAAUAGCAAUCCAAAAGGAAAAGGGAUAUAUCCUUGUAGAGGUUGUGGAAAAGUCUAUCGCUGGUACCAAAAUCUUGUAGUACAUCAAAGAAUUGAAUGUGGUUCUGCACAAAUACACCUAAAUGACAGGAGCUUUCGUUCACAUCCAGGAAGGUGGUCUUCUGCAUUUGUGGAUGUUGCUGGGAGACGACAACGAUCAGUUUUAUUGAAAGACUUAGAUUUUGAAGCAGCAAAACUUCUUUAUCAAGAUAACAAUCGAAAAGGAGCAGGAUUGUAUCCCUGCAGACGAUGUGGAAAAGUGUAUCGUUGGUAUCGAAAUCUUUCUGUACAUCAAAAACUGGAAUGUGGGAAAGAGCCACAGUUUCAUUGUCCAUACUGCAUAGUCAGGACAACCCAGAAGAGCAGCUUGAUUAGGCAUAUCAGACAAAGGCACUCAGAGAGUCAACAACAAAUGAUCAAUAGUGACAUUGAGUUCUCCUAGAAUUUCAUAGAUUUAUCCUUAAAAAUGAAUAUCUCUUUGAUUGAUUCUCCCUUAAAUGACUACUAUUGCUUAUAACAUUAUGGCUGAAAUUGUACAACAGUUAUACCACAAACCAGAUAAGAAAGAAAAUUUCAUAUUAUCUUACCAUGUAAACAUUUACAGAGUGACAUAAGUUAAAAAAUUAUUCAAAUCAAUGUUGUCCCUUAGAAUGCAGUGACUGUAAGGAGAAGAAUUUAUAUGAUAAAUGAAAAGUACCAGUUUGCUUUUGUUCUACAAUAUUACUUUUAUUGUGUUAACCGGUUUUCGGCUUAUAAGGCCAUCUUCAGACAUUUACUGAGUAU